UUUAUUUCAUGUCUAUCAUCGCGUGAGAUUCAAUAUUUGCUUUACAUUUUCGCUACCACCAAAAUAUGCACUAACACGAAACAUCGUUAUCAUUUUUCUGAUACAUUUUUAUUGUUUUUUUAAAAUAGCGAAAUAAAGCAAAAAUUUCGAAAGCGGUGCUUUUUUAAAAUUCAGUUUACUGUUGGUUUCGCUACCAAAACGACCUUUCGUUCGUGAUUUACUGCGUGAUUUGUACAUCUACGAGUGUGAUUUCGUCGAUAUUAUUCGCUUAUUGUAAUACAAACGACGAUAUUUGGAGUACCUAAACUAGUAAUGAGAACCACGUGUAGCGCAGAAGAAAUAGAAGACGAGCUCAACGAGUUGAAAUUACGGAUUGCUAAAAUGAAUGCGAGGAGAAACGCGCAGAUUAAUUUAUUACAGAGAAACAUCGCAGACGAAUCGUCGCGUAGCAAGAUUUUCUCAAAACCCAGUGACACAUUCAGGAGAAAUUAUCUCGGAUACCCAUCGCACUACUACUGGCCUUUCCUCCACCCGUACAAGUAUUCAUCGUGGAACGACUUAUUAGACACCCAAUACAUGGACGAUUUUCCGAAGAAAUCGCCGACAUUUUUAUCCAAAAAAGAUGACGCUACCAGCGACGCUUACAAAUUAUUGGAACAAAAAGUACAAUCGGACGUUUUGAGAAAGCUGAAACGAUUCGUUCUCGAUCAAGAGCACGACAUAACGGACGAAUUCUUGGAUAAAUUAAUCCUGCAUCGAAAACCCUACACGCCCAAGUCGACUAAUUUCGACAAUAAGAAACUAGACAACAAAGCUCGAUCGAAUUCAGAUUUGAAAUUAAAUUCGGACGAUAAGCAAUCGCCAUUUUUAAAACCUAUCAACAAAAGCGAUAAUUUCUACAAAAGGUAUAAUUCGUUCAUGAAAAGAAUCAUGAAACCGUUACGUAAAAUAUCGCCUCCGUUGAAAUCCGACAAUAUUAAUAAAUUCAACAGCUCGGGUACCCUAAAUACGAACUGGAAAUACAAACAACCUUUGUCCUACACUUCGAAAUAUUUCCCACCGAAAAUCAACAAACCCUCGACUCCGAUUAAAUCACCUUUGAACGAUUUGGACGUUUCUUAUUUACGCCCCUGGCAGAAAUAUUCGCCCAUCCAUCGCAACUACUUCGACGAUUACGAAUACGUACCGAAAAAUUAUAGAGUUCCCAAAGACGUGGAAACAAUAAUUCGCGACAUGGAGUUCGAAAAUCGCAGAACGUACCCGUUCAUGUCCACGUAUCCGUACGGUAGCAGGUCAGCUUACAGCAGUUAUUACCCAUACCCUCCAUACCCAUCCAGUCCUAUAAAGUACGACCCUUACGAAUCAGAUUCGUACGUUAGAUCCACUUUACCCACGUGGAAACAAUACUAUUACACGCAGAAAUUAAGAUCGAAGCCUAGUCACGAGAGAUUCGUCGAUUAUUACGAUCCUUAUCGGGAUUUUUUUUGCGACGCUGCCUCUGUCAAGUCUGAAGAUAUGAACAUCAUGUCCCCGAAUAAAGACGAUUUGGAAGUUAAUUCGAUAAACAGCGAUAAUUGCUCCGCUUUACCAUUCAACCGGAGUUACGAUUCUUUGGACGAUUUACGAGUCAUCGACGAUUAUAGGGAUUCCAUUUACGAUGAAAUUAUUAAAAAUUUACGAAAUCAGCAGAGACGAAAAAUCAAGAAAAAUAAACGUUUCGCUAGUCGAUCUUUCACUCCCGGAUUGCUGAGGAAUGAUCGUUCUCUGUAUAAUUAUCGUAUCACCGAACCUAAUUUGAACAGGAGUUAUUCUUGGAAACAACCUAAUACGUUCGACUCGACCUACAACAAGUACAAUUUUAAAGGUAGCAGCGUACUAUCUACAGACGAUAAAUGGAAAUCGUCGAAAUACGAAAAUAUAACAGCUCCGUCGGUGGAAAAUAAAUUCACUCCUUCCAAAUGUAACCUAUCAUCACCACCACCGCCGGAAAGUAAAUUAAAUACUCGAGAAUCGAUAGAAAAUCAAGAAAGCGAAUUCUCUCCGCGGAAAUACUCUGCCAAUGUUUCAUCUCAACCUUAUAAUCAAUUGAAGGAUCCGUCUUCGCCUACCAAAAGCUUUUCAUCGCCACAAAAAUAUGCCGACGAUACGUUUUCUCCGACUACUGCAACUGCAGAUAAAGCACAAUACCAAAUAGAUGACGAUAACUCGAGUCCAAAAUUCAAUAAUCAAAGUUAUAAAUUUACUCCUCUCGAUCUAGAUAAGGGUAAUACUUCUAAAGAAGCCCCUUCGUUUUCAGUUGCAUCGAAUAUUGCAAAAGUUGAAAGUCCUGUUAAAGAAACUGCUAAUUCGCAGUUUUUUGAAAAAGAUCAAUUGACGAGUCCGAUUCGAAGAAGUAGUAUUUUUGAAAACAAACAAUAUUCCGAUCCAUCCGCGACGGUGAAACAAUCCACGAACAGUCCAAAAAAACAAUCGUUUUCGUUGCAGAGUAAUCCACCCAGUCCGGUUGCUCAAAUACCAGAAUUAAAUGCGACAGUUCCGGGAUCCAUGUCUCGUAAGAACAGCGCACAGUAUGCAACUCGUAAAGGAAGUAUUCAGACUAGCAGCAUCGAUGAAGAACCUGGGACGUUUUCUAGAACAAGAAGGUAUUCCAAAGAUCAGUCUUCCUACCAGCCUGAAAUGGCUCCGAAAAGUACUUUCCCGGGACCUAGUAUGGACAAACGUCUUUCUUACGGCGGUAGCCUAAAGGAACCCAUUAGUGAAGUCAAAGAAGAGAAAAUCAUUCCUGAAGCAGCGUACGAUUCGUAUUCCCAAUAUAAAGAACACGAGAACAUUCCCAAAUCGAACGAUUACACCGAAGAACCCACGAAUAAUCGAUUUAAUCAGUAUCAACCCCAGAAUUACGAAAGAACGGUUCCUCCAAGCGGGCCUGAUACCAAUACCAACCCGAAAUAUCAAGAAACCCCUUACUACGAAUCGUCAUCAGCACAUCCAUCAAAUUAUAAUCGUUAUCCAGAUUCAACGAAUGACCCAAAUUACAACGAAAGAUAUUACAAUAAUCAGUACGAUUCGAGCAAUACAGGCAACGCUUAUAAACCUUACAACGAAUAUACCUAUCCCGAUCAUAAAAACGAAUACAACGAUCAGUACAAUUACCCCACUCGUUACGAUGAAACACCCGGCAUGGAUUCAUCAUCCUACGCAGACAAUCGAGCUCAGUACAAAGAUACUGCUUACACAACUGAAAAACGUCCUUCGAAUGAAAGUUACCAAGCUGCAGAUCCCCCCAGAGCAACAGAAUACGAAAAAUAUCAAGACGAAGAUUACAAACCAGAUUAUUAUAAUAGGGGUAAUCGAAACGCAGAAAAUCUCGGUUCAAUGAAUCAAAACGAUAAUUACGCCGGUAAUAAAUACGGCCGAGAUGCUCCACAGGAUGAUAAUUAUAACGCGGAUUACGGUCGUUACCAGCAACAAGAUCAACAAUUGAAUAGACCUUACCGCGAAGAUUUCCGAACUGGUGCUCCGGAAGGACACGGAAUCAAUGAUAACCAAUACGUUGAAUCGGAACCGAAAUCAUUCGAGCACUACUCUUAUAAUUCUUCCACCGAAAGAGACCCCAACGAUCAGAGCCAUCCUUAUAGCGGACAAAAUUCGCUCGAAAACACGAACUACCCUAGCGGCGAAAAUCGCAACGAACCUGUAAUAGAGAAAAUUUCAGAUACACCGAUGGAAAAUGUGAAACCGGUUGUCGCUGAACAAAUAAAAGCCAAAGAUCGUAAGAAAAGUUUAGCUGUUGAGUCAUCCCAGGAAUCUGAAACACCUGUGGUGGAACCGCCGCCGAAAGAAGUGUCCAUAUCGAGACGAACAUCGAAAGCUGCCCUAACAUUGGCUGAGCAACGAAGAGCAGCUGCUCAAUUGGCUGAGAAAAAUAAAAUAGCCAAAGCUAAAGUUCCUGAAAGUAAACUCAAAAGAACACCUAGUGUGUUGAAAACAAAACCUCCUAUUAAAAAAACCUAAUGAUAAAAUGAACAAUUUAUACAAAGCAAAUUAAUUCCUAUAGGUAACUAAUUUUUAUAUAUUUUUUCUAGUUUUAAGAAAUUAGAAUAAAAUUCAUCAGAUUAAACCUAUACCUACAUACCUAAUUGUAAGCAUUUAUGUAAUUCGAGUAUUGUAAUCGCACUGCACUGCUUUUAGAUAGGUACCUAGUGAGUAAUUCUAAUUAGAUACAUGCUCAUUAUGCACACUUUUUCCAUGUACUAAAAAUUUCAAAUUCAGAUGAUGUUCGUAUAGAAGUUUAUUGUGUUUGUUAUCAUAAGGUACAGAAUUAGGAUCAGAAAACUAGCAUCUUGUAAAAAUGGCUACAAAAUCCAAAAUUUUUAAACUAAACAAACCCAAAAAUUUUUAUUUCUGAAACGUUCUUCAAAAAAAUUCUAAUUUAGCCCAAUCUACUUUUCUGACUAUAAAUGGAACACCUUUUAUUUUUUUAAAUUAUCCUCAAUGUUUCGAAAGUUGAAAUGAACACAAGGAAAAAACAAUUUAUUACGUUUAUGUAAUUUGUACCUAUUUGAAAAAGAAUGAACAUCAAAUACCGCCUACCUAAAUGUUAAUUAAUAAUGGGUACCACUUUUAAAGCACCAAGUUUGACAUUUUCAGUUGUAUCAAUGUAUAUGUAAUAAUAAUUUAAUUUAAUUUUGGCAAAAUAAAAAAUGUUUUCCAACA